GGCGGCGCUGCGGCGGCCCCGGCUGCUCCCGGGCUGUCGCGGGCUGGGGCUGUGGGGCUGGCGGCUGAGGCUCGUGGCCAUGGAGUGGGUUUCGGAGUCGGCGGCUGUGAGGCGGCACCGCGUCGGAGGCGAGCGCCGGGACGGCCCGGCCGCCGCGCCGCCACCGGAGCGGGAGGCCCGGGCGCUGGAGACCCUGGUGGACGCGCGCGGCGGCAGCGGCAGCGGCAGCGGCAGCGCGAGGACGCGGAAGCGGAGCGGGGCGGGCAGCGGCGGCGCGAGCGGGGCUGCGCGGACCGGGCUGUCCGAGGCGCGCGCCGCGCUGGGGCUGGCGCUCUACUUGCUCGCGCUGAGGACGCUCGUGCAGUUGUCGCUGCAGCAGCUCGUGCUGCACGGGGCCCCGGGCCACCCCCGGGAGUUCAACGCGCGCCAAGCCAGGGAUCAUCUUGAACACAUAACAUCCAUUGGCCCCAGGACUACAGGAAGUCCAGAAAAUGAAAUUCUGACUGUGCAUUACCUUUUGGAACAGAUUAAACUGAUUGAAGUUCAAAGCAGCAGCCUUCACAAGAUUUCCGUCGAUGUACAACGGCCCACAGGCUCCUUUAGCAUUGACUUUCUGGGAGGUUUUACAAGCUACUACGACAACAUCACCAACGUUGUGGUAAAGCUGGAACCCAGAGAUGGAGCCCAGCAUGCUGUUCUGGCUAAUUGUCAUUUUGACUCUGUGGCAAACUCACCAGGUGCCAGUGAUGAUGCUGUUAGCUGUUCGGUGAUGCUGGAAGUCCUCCAUGUCUUGUCAACGUCUUCAGAAGCCUUGCAUCAUGCUGUCAUAUUUCUCUUUAAUGGUGCUGAGGAAAAUGUUUUGCAGGCCAGUCAUGGUUUCAUUACUCAGCACUCCUGGGCCAACUCAAUUCGUGCAUUUAUUAACCUGGAGGCAGCAGGUGUAGGAGGGAAAGAACUUGUAUUCCAAACAGGUCCUGAAAAUCCUUGGUUGGUCCAAGCUUACGUUUCCGAAGCCAAACAUCCUUUUGCGUCUGUGGUGGCUCAGGAGGUUUUUCAGAGUGGCAUCAUUCCUUCCGAUACUGACUUCCGCAUCUACAGGGACUUUGGGAACAUUCCAGGAAUAGACUUGGCUUUUAUUGAGAACGGAUACAUUUAUCACACCAAGUAUGACACAGCGGACAGAAUUCUAACAGAUUCCAUCCAGAGAGCAGGUGACAACAUUUUAGCAGUUCUUAAAUAUCUAGCUACAUCUGAUGUGUUGGUUUCUUCUUCUAAGUACCGGCAUGGGAACAUGGUCUUCUUUGAUGUGCUCGGCCUGUUUGUCAUUGCCUACCCCUCUCGUGUUGGCUCCAUAAUUAACUGCAUGGUGGUAAUGGCUGCUGUUCUGUACCUGGGCAAAAAGUUGUUGCAGCCCAAACAUAACACAGCUAACUACACGAAGGACUUCUUCUGUGGAUUUGGCAUCACUCUGAUAGGCUGGUUCACUAGCCUGGUGACCGUCCUCAUUAUAGCCGUGUUCAUCUCUCUGAUUGGACAGUCUCUCUCAUGGUACAACCACUUCUAUGUCUCCGUUUGUCUUUAUGGAACUGCUGCUGCAGCCAAGAUAAUAUUCAUACAUACCCUUGCAAAAAGAUUUUACUAUGUGAACGCCAGUGACCAGUAUCUGGGAGAAGUGUUUUUUGACAUCGCGCUGUUUGUGAAUUGUGGUUCCCUUAUAGCUCUCAUUUAUGGAGGAUUUUGCUCGGCAUUUAUCAGUGCUGUCUGGGUGGCGUUUCCAUUGCUCACAAAGUUUUGCGUGCACAAGGACUUCAAGCAGCACGGUGCCCGAGGAAAAUUCAUUGCCUUUUACCUCCUGGGGAUGUUUAUUCCUUAUCUCUAUGCGUUAUACCUCAUCUGGGCGGUGUUUGAGAUGUUUACCCCCAUCCUGGGGAGGAGUGGUUCGGAAAUCCCACCGGAUGUUGUGCUGGCUUCCAUUUUGGCUGGUUGUACAAUGAUUCUCUCCUCUUAUUUUAUUAACUUCAUCUACCUUGCCAAAAGCACACAGAAAACCAUGCUCACUUUAGCUCUGGUGUGUACAAUUACAUUCCUCCUUGUUUGCAGUGGAACUUUUUUCCCAUACAGCUCCAAUCCUGCCAGUCCAAAGCCAAAGAGAGUGUUUCUUCAGCACAUGACAAGGACAUUUCAUGACUUGGAUGGAAAAGUAGUUAAACGGGACUCUGGAAUAUGGAUCAAUGGGUUUGAUUACACUGGAAUGUCUCACAUCACCCCCCACGUCCCGGAGAUCAACGACACCAUCCGAGCGCACUGCGAGGAGAGGGCCCCCCUCUGCGGUUUCCCGUGGUACCUCCCAGUGCACUUUCUCAUCAGGAAAAACUGGUAUCUUCCUGCCUCAGAAGUUUCUCCCAGAGAACCUGUUCAUUUCAGACUUAUAUCCAAAGAGCAGACCCCCUGGGAUUCUGUAAAGCUGACCUUUGAAGCAUCAGGACCAAGCCAUAUGUCAUUGUAUGUUCGACCCCACAAAGGCUCAACACUUUCUCAGUGGUCUCUCGGCAAUGGCACCCCGGUCACAAGUAAAGGAGGGGACUACUUUGUAUUUUACUCCCAUGGACUCCAAGCCUCUGCGUGGCAGUUCUGGAUAGAAGUACAGGUCCUGGAAGAGCAGCCCGAGGGAGCCGUCACCGUGGCCAUCGCUGCCCACUACUUCUCUGGGGAAGACAAGCGGUCCCCCCAGCUGGACGCCCUGAAAGAGAAGUUCCCGGACUGGACCUUCCCGUCUGCCUGGGUGUGCACCUACGACCUCUACGCGUUUUAACCUUGUGAAUGGGCUGAGCCAAUGCCCUGUGGGAUGCUUCAGGUGACAUGGUCUCUCCUUAAGCUACAUGGAUAUUUGUAAUGUAAGGCAAUGAAUUUUAGCAAGUUUUGUGGGCUAGCCCUCUCGGGGCCAAGCACGGUAGUGGUUGUGCUGUGGGGUAGUGACACAUGGCCUUUUUAAAACUUGAAAAUGCCAGCUUUCUGGCACUUAAGCACACGUGGGUACUACCACUACACUAACAUGUCAUUUUACAUGACCUUACGGACAAAAGCCAACAGACCAACAGCUGUCCCCGGAGAGUCAUGAAAGAUGCUGAAAGUACUACAAGACCAUUGUUAAUGAGACAAAUGGCAUUUCCAAUGAAAGCCCAAGACCAUUGUUGUGUCAUGGAUGUGGGUAAAUUGCCAGUCACUGGAGUAAUGAUUCCCCUGGAGGCCUACUGUAGGUCACUAGGAAACUAUUACAAAAGGACGGGAAGCACCUUUGGGCUUUUGAGGCCCCAGCCUGUGCUGGGAGAAGUGUCUGCGGGCAGCUUCUAGGGUGUGCGCUGGAGCCCAGGACCCCUGGUGUGGAAGCCGGUGUUCAGCUGGUGGUUCCUCGCCUUCUGAGGAGUGGUCAGUGCAAUCCUUGUUGCAAUGCUCAUUUCCCUCUGGAAUAUCUGUCCCCCCUCCCCACCUUAUCGAUGGUCUACCCCCUCCCCACCUUAUCGAUGGUCUACCCCCUCCUGUUUUCACAGGUUCUCUUGGUCCAGAAUAUCAGUUGUUUGUGCAAGUACAGGACUUUCACUUCCUGCCCCAGAGCCGGGUUGCCAUGGCGUCUGUUCUGGGGAGGGAGGGUGGGUAAUAGUGACUGAGCAUUUUAUACAUACUUAUUCUCUUUGUUUUGUAGAAGGGAAUUUUCCAAGGUUAAUCCUUAAGGGCAUAAUUUUAUUGAUGCAUGGGGUCCUUAUUUUUGUCUGUUUUCUAACCAGCUGAACAGAUUGGUUUCUCAGUAACUUAGUGUCCAGCAGAACGGCUUCCCUGUAGCUGCUGGGGUUCAGACCCUGCAUAAUGGCAACCCUAGGACUUAAGAGGUGCUUUUUGUUUUGAAGAAGGUGGCUGUGAGCAUAUCACAGCAGUGCCCCUGGGUUCCUGGCGCCAGCAGUGGAAGGGCUUGGUGAGAUCCCUGGCAAAUUUUGCUAGCUUUCUUUUUCCCGUUGAGAGAUGUAAAAAGUUGGACUAAUUCUGCAUUUACUAAGCAUAGGCUCCCCCCCCCCCCCCCACACACACAAAACAUUUUAAAGAAAAGCUACAAUAAGAAUUGGCACUUGGACCCAUUUGAACAGAAAGAUUAUAGUAAGUGUGCAUCACGGGAGGAAAUUCUUGAAACACGAUGGGAUUUCUGAUCAUGCUCCUCAUAUUGCCUGCCUAAUUUGUGGCUCUUUAAAACUCACUGGGCCCACAAACAGGGCUGCAGCCAGAGCUGAGUGAUGACAUGCUGGCUGUGACAUGCAUGGGCACUAGAGCCAUUGCUUUUUUUUGACUUUGUAGAAACCACAUAUUUCUAGCCUCAAGUGCCUGACUCCUGCCACAUUUAUCUGUCAGGCGGUAAUUAAGUGUUUAUAGCUUGUAUGAAAUCACAGUUGUGGAGGAAAAGUUAGAAACUUAAUAGCUCAAUGAAUUUUAAAAUACAGUCAGUCCUCCAUAUUUGAAGGUUCCACAGAUGGAAAAUAUGCAGGAAAAAAAGUUACAUUAUUGUUGACAUGGACUAGCUAGGCCUACAGUGGUUGUGUCAGUAGUAAACAUGUAGACUUUUUUCCUUACCCUUAAAAAAUACAGUAUAACUGCUGCUUACAUUAGGUAUUACCAGUAUAAGUAAUGUAGAGAUGAUUUAAAGUAUAUGGGAGGAUGUACGUAGGCUAUAUGCAAACACUAUGCUAUUUUAUAUAUGGGACUUAAGCAUCUAUGGAUUUGGGUAUCCAAGAGGGUGGUUCUAAGGGAUGACUGUACAAGCAUAUUUUUGUGAGUAAUCUGAAAUUAUUUUUAGGUAAAAAAGGCAAAACCCCAAAUGUGUUACUUGUGAUUAGUUUCCUUUGGGAAGGAUGUUGUUACUCCUUUUUUCAGUAACAAUCACGGUUCUCUUUUUGCCCUUGAAUUGUACCUUUAUAUGUAAACAAUUAUGUUUUUAGGCUUUCUUUAGUAUUAUAAAGCUUCCACAUUAUGCAAGAUUGGUAACAAAUCUCUGGGCAUGCUUAAUCUUCUGGGAUGUUGAUUUAAUGGCAGAAAUGGUUAAAUAAUUCCAAUAUUCGUGGCUCUAUUAAUAAGCACACCACUGUUAGAACCCCUCUGAAAUGAAAGAAUUUUGUUUUUAAGUAUCUGAUCAUUUGAAUAACCUUUUAAAAAAAGUGUUUGCAAAUUCUAAAAUACAUGAUUUCCUACAGAAUUUAAAUGUAAGUAGCACAUUCAGGGAAAGUGUAAAUAAUUGUGAUUUCGAAGGAAUUAUUUCUUAAAAUUUACUGUGUUGUCCUGAAAAAAAAUUAUUGAUGCAUGAAGUAUCUGUUUACAGCAUGCUAGGAUUCUUAAAAUGUUGCUGAGGGGGCCAUAACCCAGCUUGCUGACUCAGGAAGCUACAGAAAAAAUGAUUAUGUCUGUCCAUUACUUUUCACUGGUUUCACUUGAGAAUUAAUUGUUGCCUUACAAUGUUACUGAAAUAAACUUUAAUAUACUAGUUAGUAUAUUAAAAUAGAAAAAUAUA